AUGUCUCCGCAACGCGGGGCCCCGGACAAUGACGGCGAACUCAUGUCCCCGCAUUCUUUCGUUGAGUUGAUGGCGCUACAGCGACUCGAAGAUACCUCGAUUUCGCAUCCCGACACCACCGAGCCAGAAAAGAUUGAGCGGUUCCGUUCGCUAGCAACACCUUACAAUCCUGGACAGGGAACGCGUUCGUUUGGCGGACAUGUCUACGCCCAAUCAGCCUAUGCCGCGUCCAAGACCGUCGGUCAGGGUUUUGUGAUUCACGAUAUGACGGGCACAUUUAUUCUAGGGGGGCGGCUGGACACGCCAUAUGUGUACACGGUGCGACAUAUCCGCGAUGGAUUCAUGUACAGCACACGAGCCGUCGACGCACGUCAAGCAGGCAGAAUCUGCUUCUCGUGCAUAUGCUCCUUCAAGCGUGAUGAGAAGGAACGUGCCUUCGAGCAUCAGCCAACAUCAGCACAAAUGCGUUUCGACUCAAUCCUCUCGGCAAAACUGCCAGAAGACCAGUCUCCUAGCCCCAGUGUGGACGCAGACUGGUGGAUUGAUGCUGUGCAGCAGGGAAACAUCUCCGAGCACGAGUUUCCUGGUCUAGACGUGCGCAAGACCGACAUGAAGGAUUAUAACCUCACUGAGGAUAUCAAGCAACAUCCCGAGCGGUAUCGCCAGUUAACGCAGUACCGGCUUAAAGGAUCACCGGACGAGGACCCCGCUGCGACUUUGUCGCAGAUCCGGGAGAGGGAAGAGAACGGAGAAUAUGAUAAUCUGUAUGCGUGUGCGCAUAUGUAUUCCAGCGAUAAGAAUUCCCUUCUUCUGAUCCCGCGCGCGCUGGGGAUCAAGCAUUGGGCUGAAAUGGCGAGUCUUACCCUUACGGUUAUUGUGCAUCAGCAUGGCGAGGCUCUGCGAAUGGUGGAUUGGGGGAGUGUUGGCGAUGGCGAUGUUGGCGAAAUGAGUGAGUUGCCUAUGAAGUGGUUUGUGCAGGAGGGGUGGACACCUCGGGCUGCGGAGAACCGGGCUACGCAUGAGAGUCAUCUUUGGAGUCCUGAUGGGACGUUGGUGGCGACUUCAUUGCAGGAUAGUAUGUUGCGCUUGAGGAAGUUGAAGGUUGCAAAUUUGUGA